CAUUGCAUCCUUGGGUUUGUGUUACCAUUACACUAGAGCUCUACUACAUUCUACAUCCAUGGCGGCUGCCAAGAGCUCUGUUGUUCUCAAUACAUUGAUCAUCAUCAUCAUCAUACUGUCACCCUUCCUAUCAUAUUCAGCAACCUCCACUGAGUUCAACUAUCCGGCAGCUUUCAACUUCGGCGAUUCGAACUCGGACACGGGCGACCUCGCUGCUGGCCUCGGCUUUCGUCUUGGCAUCCCCUAUGGACAGACCUACUUCAACCCUCCGACGGGGAGGUUCUGCGAUGGCCGCCUUAUCCUCGACUUCCUAAGUACAUAAGUUUCCUCUCAUCACUCUCAUUAUAGUAGCAUAUGGGUUGUCGCAGUUUUGAACAUGGAACCUAUAAACCAAACAAAAAAGAUAGAAUCUUUUUCUCGUGUUUUAUCCUUAUUUUUCAAUGAAAAUGGUUCUUCUUUUGGUUCAUUGCUUCAAAUAGUUUAAAACAGAAACCUUCCGUGGUACAUAAUAGAGAUUGACCCACCACCUUCAUUUUGCUUUGUCUCUCCGGUUGGUGAGUAACUAACAUCAAAUCCUUCUUUGCACUGAAAGCAACACCUUACUUCCCUUCGUUGGAUAUUAUAAGCGCAUGGUGGUUGCUCUCUAGAGCUCUAAGGAACUCUGUUGCCAUGGAAACCAAGUUUUUGUUGUUUGUGAUUCUCUUGGUCUCUAUGUUUGCCCCCAUGGCUCAUUCCAUAGACUUCAACUUCCAAUCUAUCUUCAACUUUGGUGAUUCGAACUCUGACACGGGCAAUCUCAUUGCCGCUGGGAUCGAAACCAUCAACCCUCCUUAUGGUCAGAUUCACUUCAAGACUCCUUCUGGGAGAUACUGCGAUGGCCGCCUCACUAUCGAUUUCAUCAUGGAUGCUAUGGAUCUACCGUUUCUAAAUGCAUAUCUGGAAGCUGUUGGGUUGCCGAAUUUCCGAAGAGGAUGCAACUUUGCAGCUGCUGGCUCAACCAUAAAUCCAGCAACACCAACGUCAGUCUGCCCAUUCUCAUUUGGGAUUCAGGUGUCUCAGUUUCUGCGAUUCAAAGCUCGUGUCAUCGAAUUGCUCUCCAAAAGUAAGAAGUUUGACAAGUACCUUCCAGCUGAGGACUAUUUCCAGAAGGGGCUGUACAUGUUCGAUAUAGGCCAGAAUGAUCUUGCUGGUGCAUUUUACUCCAAGACUUUCGACCAAGUCGUCGCCUCGAUCCCCACCACUUUAGUCGAGUUCGAGAAUGGAAUCAAGAGAUUGUACGAUGAAGGCGCGAGGAACUUCUGGAUACACAACACGGGUCCUCUCGGAUGUUUGGCUCAGAAUGUGGCGAAAUUCGGUACUGAUCCAUCCAAGCUCGACGAGCUAGGCUGUGUUGCUGGGCACAACCAAGCUGCCAAGCUUUUCAAUCUGCAGCUUCAUGCUCUCACCAAGAAGCUGCAAUCCCAGUAUGCCGAUUCGAACAUCACACACGUCGAUAUCUACACCAUCAAGUCCAACCUUAUUGCAAACUACUCCAGAUACGGAUUUGAGCAGCCCAUAAUGGCCUGCUGUGGCUAUGGAGGACCGCCGCUGAACUACGAUAGUCGGGUUGGAUGCGGGCAGACAAAAGUGAUCAACAACGCGACAGUUGCGGCCAAGGCGUGCAAUGACAGUACUGAGUACGUGAACUGGGAUGGGAUUCAUUACACUGAAGCUGCAAAUCAGUAUGUUUCGUCGGAAGUGCUCACCGGAAAGUAUUCUGACCCACCGUUCGCUGACAAGAUGCCAUUUGCUCUCAGUCUCAAGUUCUGAAACACAAAAGCUUGCUCAGAUCGAUUGCCGUAACUGGUUUCAUUCUUUUACUCUCCAACAUUGUAUUCUUCCUCCUGCCUGGAAAAUCUUAUUACAAAAAUGAUAGGAUAAUGCUAAAAGUGCAUUCUAACAUUGAUCGACUUUGUCACUGGAAGGAAGUUAUAAUCCUUCAUGGGAAGGAUCAAGGAUCUAACAUUAUUGUAUUGGGAAUCUAAGGGAAUAAUAGAUUGAUUUACGUCAAACGUUAUAAUUGGAGUGAAAUCAGUGUCGAUUUCAUUUAAUGGGGGUUUGAUUUAUUGUAGUAAAUGCAUAUGGGAUAU